CUGGUAGACAUCUCUAAGCUCGGCAGGCACGCGCUUGCACUUUUUGUGUAUCAGUAAUUCUUGCUCCAUCUCAAUGAUUAGUCGACGUCAUGUCAAAGCCACACGAGCCUUACGAUCAAGCCGAAAAGGGCGAGCGGGACCUUACAUCCACUGCCGGCAGUGGCGAAUCCUUCUCCUCGCACGACGAUUUCGACCGCAUCGAACAACAUGAGGAAGCCUCGCUCCAAGAUCCAGAUGAAAUACGAUCCACCAAGUUGUCCACGACGAGGGCAUCCCACGACCUCAGGAGAACUGCAAGCAAUGUUCUCGCCAAGGUCGCCUCACGCUUGACCACGCAUUCCAUCGUAGAUCCUCCUCCACCGCCAGAUGGAGGUCUUCACGCAUGGACGCAGGUCGCCAUGGGUGCAAUUUGUGCCAUGACCACUUGGGGAUUGGUCAAUUCGUAUGGCGCCUUCCAAUCGUAUUACACUUUGAACCUGGGCCUUCCAGCCUCGACUGUGUCCUGGAUCGGCUCCGUACAGAAUUUCCUGACAUUCUUCAUUGGUGUUUUCUCUGGACGCGCUCUCGAUGCAGGCUUUUUCAUGCCAGCACUCAUUAUUGGUGCGACAGUCCAGGUCCUGGGGAUUUUUCUCACUAGCUUAUCCACGCAGUAUUGGCAACUGAUGCUGACCCAAGGCAUAAUGACUGGCUUAGGCGGCGGGAUAUUCUUCACACCUGCCAUGGGCCUGAUUGGCACUUAUUUUAGCGGCAGGCGAGCCUUAGCCAUGGGCAUGGCUAGCGCUGGCAACAGUGUAGGUGGCAUAAUAUACCCAGUCCUCGUUCAACAACUCUUGCCCAAGCUAGGCUUUGCUUGGACCGCUCGCGUUCUUGGGUUUCUGAACCUUGGCUUAUUGAUCAUUGUCAUGAUCUUCAUGCGGCCAAGGUUGCCACCUCGAAGAUCAGGGCCUAUCGUUGACCUGUCUGCAUUCAAGGAACCGACGUAUGUGUUCCUGACUGCGUGCUGUUUCUUCAUAAUAUGGGCAAUCUAUUUCACCCUUUACUACAUUUCGUCCUAUGCUAUUGAGGUGGCGGGCGUUUCCUUCACCUCUGCUCUGAACCUCACAAUCAUCAUCAAUGGUGUGGGCCUACCCGCAAGAAUCAUACCGUCAUUCUUCGCCGACCGUUUUGGACAGCUGAAUACCCAGGUGCCCAUUCUCCUCGUUCUUACGGUUGUCGCAUUCAGCUGGAUAGCAGUGCGGGACAACACUGGUCUUUACAUCUUUACCGUAAUCUAUGGCAUUGUUUGUGCCGCAUUUCAAGGCCUGGUGCCAUCUACGGUAGCGAGCAUCACUCUGGAAAUGAAUAAAUUCGGCACGAGGUUGGGCAUGGCGUUUGGGAUUUUAUCGUUUGCCGCGCUCACUGGGCCAUCGAUCGGCGGCGCACUGCAGGGCGCGAUGGAUGGCAGUUAUCUCGGGGCACAACUUUGGUCUGCCAUAGCUACUGGAGCGGCAUUCGGGCUUUUGACCACGGCGCGCAUGCUUCAGGCCAAAGGGAGAUUACAUGCUAAAUGCUAG